AUGUCUAAGCAUGUCACACCCUCACCGUUGCCGCAGCGUCAAUCAUCGGGGUCUCAGAGUUUUAUUUCCCCAUUUGGCGCAAUGGCUUGUGUGCAGUAUCAGCCUGUGCCAUACCGCACCGACCUCCCAGCAGCACGUAUCGAUCUACACUUGGCUGCUCUAUGUGCUGCACUGUCGCGUGAAGAAUGGGCAACCCUAUGUGCCCUGUGGCGUGAGAUACGUGACGGGGAGGAGUACGACGUGCUGCGACAGUUUAGACCUGUGGGCACAGACAAACGAAGGCCCACCGACAAUGCGCGUGCGUGGUGGGUCUACGCUAUUCAUGUAACGCUGCAUCGUAUACGGCGGUAUCGCGAGCGCCGCGUGUUUGUCUGGGAAGACUACAAACAUCUCAAGGCAGCGAGAGAAGAGUACAUGACACUUUUCAAACGCACCAGGCGAGGACGACUGGGGGCCAACUGGCUUUCGGAACUUACAAUGCAAGAGGCGUUGCGACUGCGAGAAUUGGAGAUAGAACUGCCGAUUGAGUCUAUCAAACUAGCACGGAGACUCGCUUACCAUCGAGCGCGUCUGGAGCGGGAACACAGGGACAUCAUAUUGGAGAAACGACGGCAACAAAAACAAGAAGCAGCUGAAGAAAAAACUGGAGAACGAGAGUGUGCGUCAAUUGUGGGAAAUGCCAUGGAUAUGGAUCAGGCACGAGGCAAAGGCGGCUCAAGUUGGUGGAGUUGGUCAUUUUUUUCACGAACACGGAACACCGCUUGUGAGGCGCUUGACGAGGAUGUCACUGACCUUCAGGCAGAGGUGGAAGAGAUGUUUCAGCUUGUAUAUGCAGAGCGUUGGACACUUGCGCAACGUCACGCCAUUGCCAAGGAGUUUGGUAUUCCCGAGAGUGAAGUUGAAAGCCUUUCCGAUGUUGGUGGCACGUCACACAGAAGCCUUGGGGAGCUUCAAUGGCAGGUUUAUCUUCAUAUAAGCGGUCUCGAGUUAAUGUUAUGCGAGAGUACUGGGGAACGUGCACCAUUUGCCACGUUGGCGAUAGAAAGGUUUAACGCCAACUUGGCCUACAUGUUUAUUCGGCGCUUUUCUUUCAAUUUUUCUCUUGACGAGUACGUGGUGCUUGCACACUUAGCGGAAAAACCGCGUGCGGUGAGUGUUAUACGUGUGGCCAGGGAACGAUGUGUGACACGCGACAGUGAAAAUGUGCCUGCAAUGUUGCUUUUCUUGAAGCGGCAUUACGCUGGUAGCUUGGCGGAGUAUGACGCUGAAACUGGAGUGAUGCCGUAUGAAAUUGGCUUGGAAUGGGGUCCCAUGGACUGCAAUUUGGAUGCGUCUUUUCUUCAGGCCUGCAUUGAGUUUGCUCGCCCUCCGUCUGCCACUUUAUUUUCGUCGUUGUCUGCUGCAUUACCUGCGACCUUGGGAGGUGUACGCCCAUCCUGCGAGCGGCGACAAGAGACGAUGGACUCCACAACACAGCGGGCUGUGCUAAUGAUGAGGGUGGAGCGGGAGUUUCUAUGCAGUUGGCGAAUACUACUCCACGACGUCCGCAUCGUUGCCUCAGAGGCUGAGCGGCAGCUAACUCGCAUCAGAGUGGAGCAAUUGGAAGUGAGAAAUGAUCCUGCAAAGAAGCUUGAGCGACGGCGGCGCAUACAGACCCUUACUGGAAUAUCUGACACCUUUGGUGACGAUGCAGAUCACUGGGUAAAUACCGUACAUGUCACUGUUGAAGGAUUAACGGCGGAGUCUCUCUUGAAUCCCGUGAGUGCCGAUGCAAGUGUCUAUGGUGACAAAGACGACAAAUCCGAAAAGCAUUGGGAACGCGUUAUGUCUCUUCCAUCUUUUACACUGUGCGUCAAGAAGAGUGUUAUGAUGCAACGCAGUCCCUCUGUACCGUUUUUCUCUGCAUCACUUAUGUUUGCUCAUCCACUGCAAUUUCGAUGCUCACGGCAGAGUCUUUCUGUACUGUGCAAUUUUUUUUCUUUAAUGACAGAUAUUUGUCAGAGAAUCUUUCAACUGGCAGCCACUAAUACCGUUUCUUUGGCGUCGGUUGCCUCACCCAGCAUGAUAUUCCAUGCCCAAGUCCUUACUGUAGAUGAGCGAUACUUUGUCGAACAUGAACCCUCCCCAUGGUGGAAGCAGGAGCAAUUUUACCGCGAAAAAAUGCAGGCACCUGAAGUGAUAGAUACCUACCGCCGCGUGGAAUUGGCGACAGGAAAAAUGAUUCUCUAUCACGGCAAGCGUCCUUCUUUUCCGAGUCACUUUUUUGAACUUUGUCGAGGGCAUCUACACAUUGCCCAAUAUGCCUCGGAGGUGAGUUUAUUUCUUGAGUCUGGUGGCAUUUCACAUGAGUACAGACGCGGUGUAUUGAAGGCGAAGGAGGUGCUCUUUGGAAAAUAUAAGUUUCCACCUCUUGGAAGCAUGUCUUUACUUGAAGCUUUAGUAGAAGAAUGGUGUCAAGCGCAUACGGAUAGUCGUGAGGAGGAAGAAGAAGAGGAAGUGAAACGCGCGUUUAGGAUUAUCUACGUGGCCUCUCGAACACGUCCAUGUCGUCAUCUCCGUGUGAGGCUCAAGACCGCGGAAGAGGCUCAGCAUUUUGUCAACGCGCUUAAUACUCAUGCAGUGGGCUACCAUGCAAUGGGCAUCCCUCCUGACCCAACACCAGCAGAAGAAGCAGCGGAAAGCCAGAAGGGCGCGGAACAUCAUUUGCGUUUGUUUACACUUGACAUGUCCAUACCGAAGUGUACGUUUCUUCUUUUGGAUGAGGCAAUUGAGAAUCAGGAGGAUGGCGCAGCACCUCCAGCGCAUGAGGUGUUGAUAACCGCAGUGAAUCUCUUCUAUGUGCAGAAAAAACGGAAGAAACUCAUCAAUUUUGCUAUAAACGGACUAUCUGUUACGGCGCACGCGAGAACUGUGCCAGUGGUGGAGGUUACAAAAUCUGCAGCAACACCUCCUGUUUCUGAUUUUGCUUCUGCUGCGAUGGUGAAUGCUGAUACUGGUGCAUGUCCGGCGAUAAAUAUUUUGUUUCAAAUGAAAGAGCGAGUGUAUCCCCAUUUAGCUCGAAAGUACAUGAAACUGACUGCUUCAGCAGAAGUCAAAUUGGAGUUUUCAAGUGAGUUGAUGAAUGUUGUCGAAAUGUUAUGGGAUAUUACAGGAAUCAUGACAAAUCAAAUAUAUGGGUAUAUGAGGUAUCAGUCUGUCCCUUGGUCUGAUGAAACAGCAGCAUCUAUUGAGGAAAAAUGGCGGGCCGAUCCGGCAGGGGCUCUUCUUCAAAAUAACGACCUUUCCAUCGCUCUGGAACACCUUGUUCUGUCCCUCUACUACCCCACUGACAGGUUUGAAUUGGCAGAUAAAACAGAUGUCGCGUUAGAUGCAGAUGCUCCUCCUGGGGAUAGCAGUGGUGAUAUGGAUGAUGCUGCACGUGGGCCCGUGACUGUAAUAGAUGGUUCUCACGUGCGUAUUCACUGGAGCAACACAGAGGGAUGCAAUAAGACGUAUUCGAUAAUACAUAAUCCCCGUAUAAUGAUGCGGACGGCCUCUACUGGGGAACUUGUUCAUGUGGUUAUACCCACCAGGAACCACAGAGAAGAGAAAACUACAGGACGGACUCUAACCAGCAACCCUACGUUAUCCCUUUCAUUCUCUAUUCAUCAUGAGCCACCAAUGUUGUCGAGAUCAGAUUUUAUUGCUAAUGGAGGCCCUUCUGGGUAUCGCUACACACAUUUUGUCUUACUUUCAGGAACGCAUUUGAAUGUUGUUUACUGGCAAUCACAGUUAUGGAGCCUUAUUGAGGUGUUUUCACGAGGUGUCAUCUCCAGAGCGACAUGGUUGGUGUGGCGCCAGCCUUAUACUGUGGGGACUCCAUUGCUGCGUUGGCCUCAACCCGACGCCCCACCUGCGCCUUUUUCUUGGAAUCUGUUGCACAAACACGUAGAAUUGUCACACGUGCAACUCUUACUUCCAGACGAGCGAGCUCAUUUUCCCGCCACCAGGUUAUGGGGAAAAUUUGAUCUCUGUCGCUUUCAUGAUACGCUAGUCAUUGGUGGGGAAAGCGACCCCGCAAGUCAAAAGCGAUGUGUGCAACACAUUUCAACGCUUACGCUUGAGGGACUUGAAAUUCAGGAAAUGCGACGGAAAUUCAACAUUAAUGAUGCUGCUAACGUGAAUAUGGUGACGUUGCUGAGCCGCACAUCUUUUUUAUUAGAGUUUUCUUAUGAACUCUUUCGUGUAGAUGGAUGGAACGGCACACGUCCUCGUCGUUUUCGGGUUGAAAUGCCGGAGAAUGUGGUUUUUCAGGGAACCACGCAUCAAUUUUUACUCUUGGUGGACUGGUUUUUUGUGAACUACAUGGAAGAGCCAUGGAGGGCCCGCUUUCUGCCCAAUACGGUUGCCAUCGAUCCAUUUCUACUGGCUUAUGGUGCUGGUGAGGAGUUGACGGAGUGGACUGUUGAUAUUCCCUACGCGUGCUUUCAUCUCAAAGACCCGCCUCGGUUGUAUCACUGUGUGGAGGAUGAGGUAGGUUCUUUGGUAGGCUUUGAACGUUCUGCUAUCGAUCUUGCAGUUGUGAUAGAGCGCUUUAAGAUGGAGCUUCAGUGGAGGUUAGGUGAUGGAUUUCUAUCCCGCCAUAGUGUUGGAGAGGUCUCUGUGUGGCAAUUGGAGCCGUUACUGCAGAAUCGUGUGGAAUUUCGCUGUCAUCCGAAAGAAGUUGUCGAUGACUCAUUUCGUUUUCUUUGGUUUCACAAUGAAAACCGUGAAACGGCAAUGUCACCAACUAAGGUGGAGGAGGAACGGCAAAGCAUGAGUCAUGCUACUAUGAAUGAAGACAUGGCAAUUGAGGGGAGUUAUGAAGUGAAUUUUAAAAAUGGGGACAAGUUGGUGUCUAGUCGCAUUGCAAUCCAUGCGGUCGAUAUAACACCAGAGCCUUAUUUCUUAUUUAACCUCAAAGAUUCUCUUUUUAGCCUUUAUGCUCGAAAUGCGUAUGGUCAAAUUUUACGUUGGGAAUCACGAGUGGCGGGAGUUCCUUUAAUCCCGCCCGAUCCAGCACUCCAGGACUAUUCUACCAAUCACCAUUUCACUCUUGUAGGAUUAAAUGUGGUUAUUCCAAAGCUGCUAUGUCCACGUCAGCGUGUUAUGCCGCUGUUUGUUGCUUCCAUUAAGUCUAUUGAAUUUGUUUCUUCUUCAGAGAAGUAUGGAGCAAACUGUGCGUGGUCCAUUUCUGUUGACAGUAUUACCCAAAACGGUCUGGUGGUGGAUAAUAACGUGUCCGGUGGUGGAUGGAAACUAACACCUCUCUUUGUACCGCCUUUUUGCUCUGAGAAUGAUACGGAGGCUUUGAAGGCAAAGCAGCUGCUCUCUCUGACGUGUAUGGCAGAGCAUGGGCUCAUGGGAACCGUGGACUCUUUAUGGAUUGCUAUCCCUCUUAAACGAGAGAUCCACGCCCUGUGUGAAGUAUUUGAAAAGGGUGGGUACAAAGAGCUGUGCUGGUUGUGGACGUUUUUGGAGGAACGCCGAAUGUGGAGGAAUGGGGGACUCCGCAGCCAGGCAAGUGAUGCAUUGUUGUCGGUGCACGUUACGAUCAAGGCACCUUGUGUGGUUAUGCCAGAACACGGAGGUGCUGCCGCGGGUAGUGUAGACUUUGGUCGUGGUGUGGUGUUCAGCCCAGGAGACAUUCUCGUGGCGAGGGAUACGAAGGGCGAAAGCUCCUUUGGCGUUUCACUAGCUGCCAUGAGCGUGAGAUUGUUGCAGAAGCAUCCAUGCUACGUUAUAAAGCCGACGCGUGUUGACGUCUCCGGGUACUUUCAAGGUGAUGCAAUGUGGGAAUUGCAGCUCAAUCUCCAUGCAAUUAUGGUUGAAGUGGAACAGUCACUUUAUGAACUUCUCUUACACAGCUUGGUGCAGAAUUUUGUGGCGAUCGAGGCAGAGUUUUUUGAUACCUGUAGUGCAAGCGUAGAGGACACGGCGUUGUGUCUCCGUCUACCGUUGGGUGACCCCACAGUAAGUGGAUCUGGCGAUGUACCUGCCUCAGUGCGAGGAAGUAGUUUUGGCAUUCGCGUCUGCGUGGAGUGGGAAUCCUUUACGUUGCGUGUGCUACGCAACAAUGUGGGCUUCUUCCUUCAAAUGGGGGAGAUGUCUGCGAUGUAUGAUCUCCCCGCAGGCGAAAGGGAGCUGAGGGUCAACCCCACUGUGGCACGGCGGGUACAUAUCAACCUGAAUUUUAUUACCCUGGGCGCGGAUAACAGGCCAAACCUUCUUGACAUGCGUCCCACGGCUACUGUCUCCUCCUGCUUGACGAGGGACAGUAGCGGAGAGAAGCAGGAGGAGGAAGAUGAGUCUGUGGGUAUUUUGCCGUCGUAUGGUUGCCUCUCUUUCUGCCUUGACGCAUGCAGCAAGGGGAAGGAAGAGAUUCAAAUAGACUUUGGAAGAGCUGUUGUGCUACUCGAAAAAAGCACCAUGCACUUGUUGCUUUCCACAAUUUACGAGCCCUACCGUAGAAUUGUGCUGCAAGAAUACCACGUGCACGAUGUAAGAUCCAUCGAUGGUGACAUCACUCUGCAAGAACGGCUGGUGCUAUCUCAGCGCAACAAGGUGCGGGUGGUGCAGGGGCGGUACAAUCACAUCACCAUUGAUGGUAAUGGGCAUGACAUUUACUUCAUUGACGCCAGAUCGCCUCUCUUGUCACUUGGCGAUGGUCUUACACUUUGCAUCAUUAACGCGCGCAUUCACCUUUAUGGGAAAGUUCUUGAAUAUUACAUGGCCGUUGGAAAUGGGUCAUACGUCAUUGCAGAUUCAGCCCGUAAUGUACUCAUUAACGAGGCACCUCAAUCUUGCGGUGAAGUCCGCACCACAGCCGCUGGUCCAGAGUCAAACACGUUGGAUUUUAAAAACGGGGAAGACGAGACUGCGUCUUCACCUCUCCGUUGUAAUUCAAAAGGACGUGGUAGUGGAAACACUAAAGAUAAUGUUUUGGGUUCGUCUGAAGUAGGAGGGUGUCGUACAAACAGUGUCACUAGACGCGUUACGGCUAGUGCCGUCCUCUUACUCACGCUUCCAGAGGGAACGGAUGGGUUACAUGUUGCUCCCCAAAAAUCUUCACAUACAGCGCAAUUUUCACGUUCAUUGGUACUUCAAGCUACGAUGUCGGUGGAGAUGGAAAUGACAAUUUCUGACAGCCGUGUGAUGGAUGGCUCCAGUACAUUUGACAUGAGUGAGUUUGUCUUGUACAGUAAAUACCUUGACGCGGAUGGAAGUCUAAUGGAGACCCGACCACUAGUCUCUGAAUGGGCACUGACGGUUCACCACACUCAGUCACGUUCACAGUUGGAGAAUUUAUUGAAGCAGCAUGUCGAGGUGCACUGUCCUCACGACAUUGAGGUACAACUCCGUUACGGUGACGUAUACCUUUGUUGGGACGCUGUCCUACAGGCGCGGCAGGCCAUAGGUCAUAUUGAGAAGAAUGUGCUGGAUGACGUUGUGGGUAGUGAAGUUGAUUCCUCGCUGGAGACACCGCAGUACACUAGUCAGGAGAGCAACGGAACAACGCAGGUGGUAAAGCAUACGAGUUUGUCGUUUAACCUGCGAUACUUUAGCGUGGAUGUCGUGGAUGACAGCAGCGAUGUCAAUAUUCCCCUCUUUCGCGCCCGCAUUGACAAUCUCGUUACCCCGAAGGUGGAGAAGAAAGGCUUAGCUCUCAAGUUGCAUGUUUCCUUCACCUGCAGUAUUAUCUACUACAACUUUAGUACCUCCGCGUGGUGUUCGUUGCUUGAGCCCGUCCUUUUGGACUUUGUGUUGCGAAGUGAGCCCAAUUUGUCGCUCGAAGACGUAAGGCGUCGAAAAGGAUAUUUGCGAGUCGGGCUUCAUUUACGCCCUGUACGUCUACACUUCUCUGCGCGAGUGCUAGAAAAUGUGCGUCGUGUGUGGUUAUUGAAGAAGGGCCUGGAGGAUGCAGGACAUGCGUUUGAACAGGACACGCUUUGUAAGCCACACGGGGCAAUGAAGCAACAAUUCUGCAUGUAUCGAGUGACACAACACUUUGGACACAACCUGGAAAUCCGCUUUGCCCACAAUAGCCACGAUAGCCUUUGCAAACCCUCCAUUUUGAAUGCUAACGAGAUCAUGCAGUUUAACUUCCCUCGUGUUGAGGGUCAUGAGUUGCCUCUCUGGAAGCAUCGUUUGUUGGUGUCGUUCCUAAAUAAAAAGGAAGUGGUGAGCAUUGCGAAAACAGGAAAACACCUCAUCUUUCGUGGCCCUGGCCUAGUGGAUCGUAAUCUGCUGGUGGAUGUCACCGUCUCGGGGGGACAGAAGUUGGUGGAGUUUCGCACAAAUAUUACGUUUAAAAAUGAACUUCCAUUUUCUAUGGAUGUUGCUGGGGUGGGGUUGGUUCCGCCAGGUGGUGUCCUGUAUCUACCUGUUCAUUGUCUGCGGCGUCGGACCUCUUUUAUGCCAUACAAGGAAGGCCACUGCAGUACUUCUUGUUCCCUGGGUGUGGCCUAUGACAUGUUGCCUUUUCUCCAUGAGCAGGUUUUUCUGGGUGUCUGCAGAGUUGACUGUAACGAGAUCCUGGAGACCAGCAACUCCGUACAGGCCUCUACAUCCUUGAGGCAGUCUGUCUUUUUUUGCCUUCGCUUCAGUGGGAAAAAAUGUAUCGGUACUUCCGAUGUGAUCGAUUGCAGAGGUACAUUUGAGGCGCCUUUUAUGAUUGUUAAUGGCACAAGUCUUCCGAUGCGGAUUCGUCUACUUUACCGUAGGGAAACCCAAAAACAAAACUGUUCGCUUUUAGUGUUUGAGGAAACCAACUCCCACGAACAGGUCACGACGAUUGAUGUUGCCUCAGGGGAGCGCUCUUGUAUUACUCAAGUGACUCCGUUAAAAGACAUUUACAUUGAUGUGUUUGUUGCUCAGGCAAACGGGGAAGCGAUGGGUCAAACCUUCCGUCACUCAGGAUCAAGUCCGUCUCCUGCGCUUGUGCGCUCUGUCAGCAAGCGAGUGUGUGAUCGCACCAUCACCCUGCACGACCAACGCGGUGCCUCCAUCAUUCUUCACCUUGAUUAUGUUCCAAGGGUGGUAACCAUCUGGUGCCCGUACUGGAUCAUCAACCGAACCCCACACUGCUUGCGAGUUGCAGAUGUAAAGAAUGGCGCACUAACCGCGGGACUGUGCAGCGAACACGGCAUCACACCCGCUGCUUCCAGGAAUGUGAUUGGCGGUAUCAAUAGUGAUGGCCCCGCGUAUCUUCUUAACACGAAACGCAUGGAGAAGCUCGGGGAUAAGGCGGUAAUUUAUGUUUCGAUUGGGCGAUAUAUAUCGGAUAGUGAUAUUCAAUGGACAAAGUGGUCUGAUAAAGUUCCUAUUGGUCCACUGCGUGAGAGUGGAAUUCUCGAUGGUAGCUUCCGCGAGCAUGUCAACUUGUCAUUAUCGUACACUGUGGAGUUUGUGGGGGGACGCAUGAAGGCCACUCGUGUCGUCACAUUUAGCCCCCGCUGGAUUUUACAGAAUUGCACCGAUAACACAAUUACCUCCCGCCAGUGUGGAGUUAAAGCGAAUGGCAACACAAAUUUUAUCCCCCGGUCUGUCGAGUUGGCCCCAAGUCAGAGUCAAGUCAUUGAUUUUUCUCGUGGAGGUAAUGCGGCAAAUUCUAUUCAAGUGCGGCUUUCUCCAGAUGAGGAGACCGGAAUUCAACGCUCUUACUGGUCACACCCUCUUAAAAUUGACAAGCUGAGUGAACGUGCCUUUAAUGUUCACUACGAAUUACAAAUGAAGGUACAAGGUGGCUGUUGCGUGUAUCCUGAUGAUACAGUCAUUCAAAUUGGCGAUGUGUCAUGUUUUACACGUGCGGUAUCGGAUGUUUUGAUGGUUUCGUGUCAUACUCGCGGGGGUACGAUGUUUGUUGUGGUUUCCAGGCCGCACCGGCCCCCGCUUGUUGUUGAGAAUCGCACCAGGUACAAAAUAAACGUGAGACAACGCGGUGUUUCUCAGCUUGUUGUUGUGUACCCACGAACCACGCGAGGCCUCGCGUGGGAAGAUUCAAAGUCCCAGCCGGUGAUGGAACUGUGGGAAGCUGAGAAUCGGACCGCUCGCAUCAAGCCUCUCCUCAUUAACUUUGAACCACAAGCCGUACUACGACGCAGCGAACAGCUGCAGCAAACGUUAUCUCUUCCUGACGGUGUCAUUCUCUUUGUUCGGGUGCGUGGGUUAAGCCGUACGAGCUACGCCAUCAGUAUAACCACUGAGAAUACCAUUGACACCUUCUGUUCGCUUCCAUACUUCCAGUUUUUCCUUCGGGUGAAGGUGGACAGUAUAUACGCACUGCUCUCGGACGACGAUGAGGACUUUAUUCUCUUGACGGUAAAACCUGUCAUGUUUUUUCUCUCUCAGGGAAAGGAGGCAAAAGGCCAUGGUGAUGAGCAGGUGUUUGAUUUCUCCGUCUCCGUGAUUCAGGUGGAUGAUGGACGUCUACAUGCAAAGCAGCGCGUGGUGGCGCAACUUGUGGAUUCCAGACCCUCCACCAUCCACUUCUUGCGCAACCUUUUUCGCACAACCCCUAUUUUGUGUCUUAAAGAGUUUGUCAUUAACCUCAGCUCCGUGGAGGUGCAUCUCGAGGAUUCGUUUAUCUUUCAGGCAAUGAAGUGUCUGGAUCACAUGCGUGCGGUUCUGGGAAACGAGAGCCUGCCGCUCUCAUCAAGUCGGAGGAAUGAACACCUUCUGGCAUCACGUGUGACGGGAAACAAAAGAAGUUUGCAUGCGAAAGAGGUUUGGAAGCAGCAAGUUGUUUUCAUAGAUCACCUGCUUAUUGAGGAAACUAUGGUUUCUAUCUCUCUCUACCGCUCUCCUGGGGCACUGAACGAUCCUAUGUGGGAGCAACUUGGCUAUCUGAGUUUGUUUAUUCGUUCCGUGCGAGACGCCCGUUUUGUCUGGCGUCGUAUUGAGCAAUGGGGUGUGUAUGAAACCUUGUGGUUGCUGGGUGCAUCGUAUUCAUCGUUUUACAAGCAUAAGUUACAACAGCAAAUGUCAAAUGUAGUGCACGUCGCAGGCUUGGAUAUGAUGCGAGGGUUUGUCACGGAUCUCUUGCAAGGGUACUUUUCGUCAGCCAUUGUUACCAACAUUGAUCGUAGCAAAUUGCGUAUUGGUCGUCGCGCAGAGGCACAUUUUGCCGAUGAUGAAAAGUCACUAGGCGCCACGGAAGGGGUUGCGGUGACCAGCCAUAACAUUUUUGAAGAUAUGUUGAAUCUUGAAACAGCUGAGACCGUGUCGAGAUCAGAGGAUGGAGGCAGUGUGGCUGGGAAAGGAAUAAGAGAAGAAGCGCACGGACCACAUUUGUCUUUAACUCUUUUCAAUACAAAACCAACAUGUGAAACUGGCGGAAGAAUCAUUGAGGCUGCAAUGUGCUUACCGUGGAGUGCGUUCUGCGCCCGUGUGAGCGAUAGUGAGCUUUGCAUUUAUGGAGUGUUUGCCGUUAAGCGAUUUCUGAGAAACUUGGACUUUGCCAACACUUUUAGGAUGCAGUGGCAGAUGCAGGAUUUAACGUUUAAGGGAACUGGGGUAAGUGGCACUAGCACUGUGCCGAGAAACAUUGGUCACUGUGAGAGUUGUGCCCAGAUUGAGAUGAUGCGGGAACAGCGCUUUAAGGCUGACAGUCCAAGUGCCCUGCCGCACCCUGACUCCGGUCUUAUCACGUGGGCUGAGUUUGUUCACCAUAUUUCGUGGAGUGAGUUUGUUCAAUUAUGUUCACCGUCAGAGGUUCGACAGUACGCGGGAUUGGUGAUGUUUUCCCUCGUAGGGGAGCCGAUAAAUAUGAUUCGCAUCGAUGGUGAUAAGGAGCUGAGAUUGAACAAGGAAAUUGCUUAG